CCGGACUUCGGCCGGGGUUCGGAGGGGUAGCCGGGGCAUCCGCGGCGCCUCCUCUCCGCUCCCUCACCCCUCGGGGUCGGUCCCCUUCGCGGCGCGGAGGGCGGCGGGCGCGGCGCGGCCAUGGCCGAGGAGCCCAGCGCGCUGCCCUGGUCCAUCAAUAAAGAUGACUACGAGCUGCAGGAGGUCAUCGGGAGUGGAGCGACUGCGGUGGUGCAGGCGGCCUUCUGCAUUCCGAAGAAGGAGAAGGUGGCAAUUAAACGGAUCAAUCUGGAGAAGUGUCAGACGAGCAUGGAUGAACUCCUGAAAGAAAUUCAAGCCAUGAGUCAGUGCCAUCACCCCAACAUUGUAUCUUACUACACAUCCUUCGUGGUGAAAGAUGAGCUUUGGCUGGUGAUGAAGUUACUUAGUGGAGGCUCUGUUUUGGAUAUUAUCAAGCACAUCGUGGCCAAAGGAGAACACAAGACUGGUGUCCUGGAUGAACCCUGUAUAGCCACAAUCCUUAAGGAGGUGCUGGAGGGACUGGACUACCUGCAUAAAAAUGGGCAAAUCCACAGGGAUGUGAAAGCAGGAAAUAUUCUUCUUGGAGAAGAUGGCUCAGUGCAAAUUGCAGACUUUGGCGUUAGCGCGUUUCUGGCCACUGGUGGUGACAUUACCAGGAAUAAAGUCAGGAAAACUUUUGUGGGCACGCCUUGCUGGAUGGCACCAGAAGUUAUGGAGCAGGUCAGAGGAUAUGAUUUCAAGGCAGACAUCUGGAGCUUUGGGAUCACUGCUAUCGAGCUGGCUACAGGGGCAGCUCCUUACCAUAAAUACCCCCCGAUGAAGGUUUUAAUGCUGACACUACAAAAUGAUCCCCCAUCUUUGGAAACUGGUGUGCAAGAUAAGGAGAUGCUGAAGAAGUAUGGGAAAUCAUUUAGGAAAAUGAUUUCAUCGUGCCUACAAAAAGACCCUGAAAAAAGACCCACAGCAGCAGAACUCUUAAGACACAAAUUUUUCACGAAAGCAAAGAAUAAAGAAUUUUUGCAAGAGAAGAUGUUGCAGAGAGCACCAACAAUCACUGAAAGAUCCAAAAAGGUCCGGAGGGUCCCAGGCUCCAGUGGGCGUCUUCAUAAGACUGAAGAUGGUGGCUGGGAAUGGAGUGAUGAUGAACUAGAUGAAGAAAGUGAGGAAGGCAGAGCAGCAAUUUCACAGCUCAGGUCUCCCAGAGUGAAAGAACCUGUACAGAAUUCCGAGGUUUUGUUCUCUGAAGGGAAAGACAAGUCAAAGCAGGGUUUUUCUGCUGUGACAGGAUGGCUGCUUGGAACUCUCUUUCCGUCAGCUGAGCCUCCAGGUCCUUCACUCAAUGCUCCAGCACAGGCACCUACUCAACUACCUCAGGCUGCAGGACAAGCACCUGCACAACCUCAAACUGCUGUACCUCCACCUAGUCAGGCUCCUCCAGCAGCCCCAGCAGCAGCCCCAGCAGCAGCCCCAGCAGCAGCCCCAGCAGCAGCCCCAGCAGCAGCUCCAGCAGCAGCUCCAGCAGCAGCCCCAGCAGCAGCCCAGGCCCCACCUGCAGCUGCUGCAGCUCCGGUACAGGAAGACACAAAAGUCCCCAUCAGCCUUGUACUAAGGUUAAGGAAUUCAAAAAAAGAGCUCAAUGAUAUUCGAUUUGAAUUCACCCCAGGGAGAGAUACUGCGGAUGGUGUGUCCCAGGAGCUCAUUUCAGCAGGGCUUGUUGAUGGCAGAGAUCUGGUAAUAGUUGCAGCUAAUUUGCAGAAAAUUGUGGAAGAGCCCCAAGCAAACAGAUCCGUCACUUUCAAACUGGCAUCUGGUGUCGAAGGCUCGGAUAUCCCAGAUGAUGGCAAACUUAUAGGAUUUGCACAGCUCAGCAUCAGCUAAACAAUGGUCCCAGGAGAUGUUUCCCAACCGAGAACCCACAUGUGCAUAUUCGUAAUGCUUCUGUUAGCCUAAAAAAAAAAAACCACUACUGCCAAAGAAUUGAACUACAGCCCCCUUCCUAGAAGCUUUAACAUUUUCCUUAAUAGGAUCACAAACCUUCCUGAAAUUACCGAUGACGUUUACACCUUUUGUAAACAACUCUCAUGUUUUUGUAUCUGUCAUCUCAAACAUGCAGACCCAACACGUCAUUGCCUGCAUGUUCAUUUUAUUAUUGCCUUACUUUAAAGAAAAAUACUACUGAGUACGAAGCAGGGGGUUCCACUGCUCUGAUGAUCUUGCCUAAAUGUUUGCUUACAUGUGGUUUCAUUUUUUUUCACUUGCUAUUUUUGCACAAGUUUUAAUACUGAACGGAUUUUUUUUUUUGUUCUUUACCUGCUUCUCCUUCUAUCUGAAACACCAAUGUACAUGUUGUUUGGGUCACCUGGAGUGCUGAGAAAUCUGCUUCUCUUUGGCUGUGUGUUUUAAAACUGCUGGUUUGAAUGCUUGCACCUGAGAAAGCAAGCUGAGUCUUAACCCACAGGAGGGAGAGCCGCCUUCCCUUGUGUUUGUGCUUUUGAGAAGUUCCUUGACUUUUGAGGUGUUAGAAGUCAGCUUCCCUUUGUAAACUGCCUUAAUUUUAUUUUUUUUUUACCAUUUUGGUUCUCUCCACAUGAGUGCCAGGCGUGGCAUGAGGGCUGAACCUUUUAAUUUACGUUAAGCAGUCCUUCCUCAAAACGUCUUUCAUCCUCUGCAUCUUAGAUGUAGUCUAUUCUUGAAGCAGACCAGUGAGGCAUUGCUACUGGUCUUUCAGAUGAUGAACACAAUAUCCAUGGUCAGAGGGAGAGGAGAUCUGUGUCACCCUGUGUUUGGGAAACACGCGCUUCAGACUGUUCCUCAAGCCCAGUUCUGCCAUGCCUGGCUGCGCAGAGAGUCCUCCCGACGUGUUUUCCCGGUCCUUCGCAAACUGGUACCCGUGGAACCAUCCCUGUCGUGUUUUACAGCAAUAAAGAAUCGCCAGCAGAGUGGUUGUACUGGGCAAGCGGGCGCCGGGCUGUGUCCCUCCUGCACUAACGGCCUGGGCCGGCACCUCCUCGCCGGCCGAGCCCCCACGUUUGAUCAGGAUGUCACUGAAACCCCGUCACACACGUAUUUAGCUUUUCUUUCUAUGUGGUGUUGAAGUUGAGUUUCUACAUGAAUAAUAUAAAUUAUGCUCUGAGUUUGAUAAGAGACACUUGUAAUGCAAUAUGUGAAUAAUAAAUGGUGUUGACUCUUUUUUUUUUUUUUUCUUUUCCUACUGUUUCACAGUUGGCCUUUGUAACUGCUCUUGGCUCUGGAGUGUUUUCUACACAGAAAUCGUUAAGUCUGUAAUUUAGCACGCAGAUGGAAAUGUGUUUUGUUUCCAUCAGCCACAAACAAUGCAGAAACAGAGCAGAAUGACUAGGUUCAAUUAGGACUUAUUUUAAUUUCCAAGUCUUCAGAUGAACAAUCUGUAUUUAUAUCUGGUUCUCUAUGAGCAGCUGUGGAAGCUUCCGGAAAUGGUGCAUGUUCUUUUUGUACCACCCUUGUUGCUUUUAGCCUUGGGUGGAUAUUGGGUAUGUCCCCGUGGGCUCUUUGCAGCCCCGUGGCUGGUGAGUGUGAAGGGGAGGAAGAGGAUUUGGGAGCGAGAGCAUCCCAGGGUGUUGAGCAGAUGCUCUCAAGAGCCCAGGAGACGAGUGCCCAAUACCAGGGAGUUGGUGGUGGCUGGAUUUGGCCAAGUGCAUGGGGCACCUCUGGCACUAUUCCCUGUUGUCUGACACAAAGCACUCCCCACAGCAUCCCCCGACGAGCUGCUUGGCUUGGGAAGAGCAGGCUGGCACCGUGAUUUUCAUGUCACCCUGUGCUCAGUAUGGAUUUACUGGAAACCUUUAGGAUACAGAGACGAGGUAGUUGUGGUACAGUAUUAUUUUCCCCUCUGCCUGCAUGCCAUGGGGACCUCCUUGUUCAUUUGUGUACUGGUGCUGAGGAAGGUAGGACUCAAACUGCUCAAAUGGAACAAUACAGCAUCUAUUUAUUGUUAUUCCCCAUCUUCCCAAAGCCAGGACUUAGAGAGCUUGAGCUCACACUAACCCAAGGCUCCGUAGUUCUUUAAUGGAGAAAAUAAGUAAGGAAGAAACUGAUGGUUUUUGCUCUAUAGAUCUCCAGAUCUUUUGGGUAGGGAUCCAAAGUAUUUACUUGGGCUAUUACAGUGCUAGACAACUGUCUUUUCUGAUGUUGUUCCAGUAAGUGCCAAUGCUAUUCAUAAUUGUUUUCCAGUGUCAUUAAGAAUUUGGUUUUUGUGCAAAUCUGAACCUGGAAGCAGGUGGUAAUUUUAAGUUAGUUCCUACUUUUAAGGACAAUGCUCUGUUAAUGAAAACGGAUCCUCUUCACAACUUUGGUGUAUUGUAGAUUAUAAUGAAAGAUGUAAAAUAUUCAGGCUUUUUUUCCUUUUUUGGACUUUGUAUUUUACUGCAUGUCUCUAAUUUUUAAUCAAUAAAGAACAAAUUGUCCAUUG